AUGUUUAACAAUAAACAACAUGAAACUUAUAAGUUAUCAAGUUUUGGCAAGGUAUAUCGUAGCAUACAAUUAAUUACAAGACAUGAAAAUCAUGAAGAAAUUAAUCAAAUGUUAUUUCAUUUCAUAUCAUUUAUCUUAUGUUUAACUUUACUAUUAUAUCGUACAUUCGAAUGGUUAAAAGCUUAUCAUUUAUUCAUUGAUGAUAAUCAUCAUAUGAAUGGAUUCAUUGACUAUUUACAAAAUUCCUAUUUAAAUAAACACAAUAUGAAUAAUGAAGAUCAUCAUCAUUAUCAUCAUUAUCAUCAUCGUCAUCAUGAGCAGCAGCACCAGCAUCAGCAUCAGCAACAGCACCAACAGUAUCAGGAUGAUAUAAUACAUAGUGAUAAUACAACAUUAAUGGAAUCAAAUGGGAUAAUUAGAUUAUGCAAUAUUAAUCCAAUGAGAUUAUCCGCUUUAUUUUCUUUAAUCAAUGGAAGUGAUAUUUAUACUUAUUUAAUUGAAAAAUAUGGUAAAAUUGAUAUAAUCAAUCUAUUAAAUGAUACAUAUUUAACACCAGAGCAAAUUAAACAAAUGGCUCAUCCACUUUCAACAACAUUGAAAAGUUGUCAGUAUGGUGAUGAUCAUUGUACAAUUAAUGAUUUUAUCUCAAUAUUUACAAAACAUGGAUGGUGUUAUCAAUUUCAUUUGAAUUUUUCUAGAAAUGCUGAAUUGAAAUUAAUAUUGGAUCCACAAGAAUAUGAUUACAUAAUACCAAAUAAAGGUUAUGUUGGAUUUUAUUUAACUGUACAAAACCAAAAUUGUUCACCUAGGCAACAAUUCAAUAUGGAUAAUAAUGAUCAAUCUAUUAUUGUUGGACCAAAGUUUCAUUCGUAUAUUAGUAUACAAGUUCAUUAUGGUAUACUCUAUCAACAGAAAGCAUUAUUACAAAUUUAUAAUCGUACAGCUUAUGAUUUAAUUAAAAAUUUAUCUAAAGAAUUAUAUCAAGCUAAAUUAUUAACAAAAUUUACUAUUCAAUCUAUUUGGAACUUAUACAAGUACUUGAAAUAUUUCAAUCCAAUCAAAUCUAUUCAUAAUACAAUGAAUCAUAAUCAUCAUCAUCAUCAUCAUUGUUAUACUAAAGUAUAUCAAUUAUUCACUUCAAUUGUUAAAGAUAUUUUAUCAAAGAAUACUUUAUCAAUUAUGGAUCCAGAUCAAGAUCAACAUCAAGAUCAAGAUCAUGAUGACGAUGAUCAUUAUCAUCAUGAAGAAAAUCAAUAUUUUAUAUAUAAUCAUACAUUAGAUCAUAUUGAAUUACAAUUAAUUAAUAGUUUUUUUGAAACAAAAGUAAUUGUAUCACCAAGUUCUUCAUUAUUACGUAAGAUAUUAACGGUGGUUAUGAAAUUUCGUUAUCUUCUAUCAAAUUCUAGUAAUUUAUCAUCUACAUAUAUAUCUAAUAAGAAUAGAUCAUCUAUGCUCAAUAUCAAUUCAUUAAUGGAUAAUACUACUCAAUUUAGAUCACAAUUUCAUAUUAUGAAUUGUAGUCAUUUAAUUCCAUAUUAUAAUGAACAAAUGAAUAAAUGUGGUGAAACAGCUAGUGGUGCAUUAACAAGAUUAGAUUAUGUGAAUUUACAAUUACAUAAUUUAAUUAAAAAUAAUCAUUUCAUACGUUUAAUACAUCCAAAACAUUCUUAUCCUUAUACAGAAUUAUCUAUAUCAAGUAUGGUCAGUUUGAGUAUCAGAUUGUCUAAAUUCAAUGUUCCAACAUUUCAUGAAAGUUCAACAAUCCAUAUAGAUAUUUACUUCAAAAAUUUACUACUUACAAUAUUUAUAAGUAUAUUCACUUUAUAUUUAACUUUAUUUAUCAUCAUCGAAUAUUGUUCAUUUAAACAAACCACCAAAUUAACCAAUCAAAUUUGUUCAAAAUGUCAAUCAACCAAUCAAAAUGUAUAUCAUCCUCAUCCUCAUCGUCAUGACGAUGAGGAUGAUUCAUGUAAUCUAUUAUCAAUACAACAAUAUAAUCAGUUGACAUCAUUUGAAACACUGCCACCAAAUAAUAAUAAUAGUAGUGAUGGUUACUAUCCGAGAUGUACACAGAGAUACCAUGAUAGCAACAGAAAGAACUUUACUUACUCAAAAUAUGGUAAACACGAUCUAGACGAAGCUUUCAGUAAUAAUAAUAAUGGGUUGAAUUCAUUUAUCCCUCAUAAAUUAGAACACCAUUACACAUAUGAUCAUCCAAUAUCUCUAUUGCAUACAUCAAAUGUUAUGUAUAAAUGUGAUAAUCUAUGUCGAACUAAAGCAUAUUUACAUGAUGAAAACAUUGAUGAUAAUGAAGAUGGUGAUAGAAAUACAAUUUGUAUUCCAACUCAUGUACAUAGUUUAUCUUUACCAAGAAUUGAGACAUUCAAUGAUGAAAAUAUCAAUAAAACAAUUUUAAUCACACCGAAAUUAAUUAAUACCCCAUAUUCUUGUUGUACUACUUCGACAUCCUCAUCAUCCAAGUAUAAUUUACAUUCAUCAUAUUGUAAAUAG